GAGUUACAGCCUUCGGAAGUCAGAAGUCUGACCUGAAGAAGCAGCGGCUACAUAGAGUCACGUGGAUCAUUCUCCGCUGCGCUCAUUGUCGACGCUGUCCGACACGGCGAGCACAAUUCUUCCCACCACCACCACCACCACCACCGUAGUCGUCGGACCCAUCAACUCCCUUUCUGCCUCCUUUCUUGCCCCGUUCCGCUGCGUCCUCAGUCUAGCCCCCUUCGCCCCUGCUCCUGAACGUCCCUGAGCGGAAAGAGCGCGCGAUCAAGAUACCGUCUUCGCGCGCGGUUAGCAAAAACCGCCACUCCCCGCUAAUAUAUAGCCCGAACAGACGUCUGACAGCUCGCAGUCAAGCCUUCCUUCCCCCCAACCAUCAUGUCGACCUCCUCGCAAAUCCCAGACGUCCCGACGCCGUUCUCGCCGCUCCUCAAGCUCAAUCUCCCAUCGCCUGCGGAGUAUCGCAAGCGCAAGGUCGCACUCAUCUCUGGGAUCACUGGACAGGAUGGGUCUUACUUGACAGAACUGCUGCUCUCUAAAGGCUACGAGGUACACGGUAUCAUCCGGCGAUCAUCCUCUUUCAACACCAGCCGGUUGCACCACCUGUACGAAGACCAGCAUGAGCGGCCGAACAAGUUCAAGCUGCACUACGGCGACCUGAGCGACAGCACGAACCUCGUGUACAUCAUCGCGCAGGUGCAGCCAACGGAGGUGUAUAACCUCGGCGCGCAGUCGCACGUCAAGGUCUCGUUCGAGAUGGCGGAGUACACGGGCGACGUGGACGGGCUGGGCACGCUGCGGCUGCUGGACGCGAUCCGGACGUGCGGGCUCGAGCGGCACGUGCGCUUCUACCAGGCAUCGACGUCCGAGCUGUACGGCAAGGUCGUCGAGACGCCGCAGUCGGAGACGACGCCGUUCUACCCGCGGAGCCCGUACGGUGUCGCGAAGCUGUACGCGUUCUGGAUCACGAAGAACUACCGCGAGGCGUACGGCAUGUACGCGUGCAACGGUAUCCUUUUCAACCACGAGAGCCCGCGCCGUGGCCGGACAUUCGUCACCCGCAAGAUCUCGCGCGCUGCCGCCGACAUCUCGCUCGGGAAGCAGUCAUGCCUCUAUCUGGGUAACAUCGAUGCCCAGCGUGAUUGGGGCCAUGCCGCUGAUUACGUUGAGGGGAUGUGGCGGAUGCUUCAGCAGGACACGCCUGAUGACUUCGUCCUCGCCACGGGCGAGACCCACCCUGUGCGCGAGUUCGUCGAGAAGUCGUUCGCCAUCCUCGGAACGACCAUCCAGUGGCGAGGCUCUGGGACCGAAGAGGAGGGUGUAGACACGAAGACGGGCAAGGUCGUUGUCAAGGUAGAUUCACGGUACUUCCGUCCUGCCGAGGUCGAACUCCUACUCGGCAAUCCCACAAAAGCCGAGAAGGUCCUCGGAUGGAGGCGCAAGGUCGACUUCGACUCGUUGGUGAAGGAGAUGGUUGAGGCCGACCUCAAGGCGGCGGGUUCGCUCGUGGAGGACCAGAACUAAUGAGCUUGGCGGAUAAUGGUCCGGUUUGCGGGGCCGAUUCGCUGACGUUGAUUUAUAAUACCGAAAUAUCGAACUACCAUGCAGCACGUCGUAUACCGUGUAGGUUGCGAUCUGUGUGUACAAUACAUGUUUAACGAGUCGCCUGCAGCACAUAUCUGCAGCACGAUCGUAUGCCGAACUGGUUGGAGUAUUGACAGUCUGGACGCGCCAGUUCAAAUGGGACCAACAUUGGACGACUGCCAGUGGUCCGUUAGAUUAUGUACGAGCCUCGACUACAGUAUGUAGUAGCUGCAUACUAGCAUUACCCCAAAGGCAAUGUAUGCACUCGCCGUUAAGCUUACACAAGUGACUC